AUGCCUGUGAUAGUACUAGAGGCAAGAGACUUCACAAGUCCUCUUUUUCUGGUGCGGACAUGGGCUCUGUUGACCGGUUGUCUCACCUUAAGCCUGGUGGCCUCCCAGGAAACCUUCAAGCAAGAUGAAACACAAGUUCACCACCUCAAAACCUUCCGAAUCUCCUGCAUGUUCACCUGGUGCUUGUUUUUCACCCUCACCCUCCUCAUCCAUGUUCUCAGCGUCAUCCAGUUCCACAGCCUCAUCCCCAUAUCCUGGAAGAACCUGACCAUGACAGUAGGGGCCUUAGGUUCACUGAUGUGUCUCAGUGCUUCUGUGGUCUUCCCUUGGUUUGUCAUGGAUCAUCAAAAGGUAUCGCCCAGUGCUGUGACUGCAACAGUGGCCUCCUGCCUUACCUUCUUUGCCUACACCUCCGAGGCCUUUGUGAUCCGCAGCCAAGCCCGUGAGCAGAAGGGUUAUAUGGCCAGUGCACCUGGACUCCUCAAGAUACUCCAGUUCUGGGGAGGCUGUCAGAUGAUUCCCUUGGUUGUAGAGGAGGCCUGUGUAUUCUCAGCAUUAGGUAGCAGAGAACUGUCUAAUACCCAUGAAUGGCACCUGUGGGUAUCAGGGACUUCAUACAUUCUCUGUCUCCUCAUGUCCCUGGGUUCAAUAGUGGUAAUAUUAGGUGACUGUGCUGGGCAAUGCCCUCUUCCAUUUGAUAGGCUAUUGGCGGGUUUUAGUUUGUUUGGGGUGUUGCUCUAUAUGGUUGCCACUGUGGUUUGCUUUACCAAGGUGCUAGAGGUUCAGGAGUUCAGACAUGACUUCGCCUUACAGCUGGUUAUCAUGGAAACCGUGAUGGCCUUUAUAACAUUGUUAGCUUACACAAUGGACCUGGCCUUCUCUAUAAAACUACGGUGUGAAAGAGGCCAUGUGUGAAAACACACACAGGAAGCUGGAUGCAUUUGAGCAUAAAAAUUCAUUAUCCAUAGAACUGAUAUUUUAAUACUGUGGGAAAAGUGUAUCUGCCAACCCUGCAAAGGAUGAAUUAAAUGUUGUUUUGGUGUAAGUGUAGUUAAUGGAGUAACCAUAAUGCUGUAAACAAACUCGUUUAUACUUUACUCUGUUUACAUAUUUUAUAUUCUGACAGAAAUUAAGGAGACCAAAGUGGUUUUUAUAUCAUGAGAUGAUUGUUUUCAAAUUGCAUGGGUUAAAUUGGUCCUUUUGAGCACACAGUUACAGGAGAGAUAGGUUUAGAUGAUGUGUGAAAAAAUCCCAUUUAUAAUGCUGUAUAUUUUAUUACCAUUUACACUCCUGAGGCUUUUGUUAAGGUAGCAACUUUUUCGAAUUAUAAAUACAAUUUUUGUGGCUAUUGUUGAGGACAUUGACUUGAUAGAAAUUGAGAGCAUGAACUUUUUACUGAUAAAAUAAAAAAAGUCAACUUUGUGAUAGGCACCUUUUCAAAUCAGAUCACAUAUUUGAAUAAACAACGUAAACUGUCAGUUUUCAAAUUCAUGAGUAGUAGUUACUAUUCAUUUACACUAGAUGGCAACACUUUCAUUGCCAUGCA